AUUAAUGAUUACACCGUUCUUACUACACUAGGUGCAGGUGCAUUCGGCAUUGUUCGGCAUGCACAUCACAAUGAUAGACCGGAUGAAGAAUUGGUUAUUAAGUUUGUAACGAAGUCCAACAUUCUGGUUGACAGUUGGGUACGAGACCGGUCCUUGGGUGUUAUUCCUGUUGAGAUACAUGUCCUCAACACUCUAAGAAAGAAUCCUCAUCCCAACUGUGCAUCAAUGCUUGAUUUUUUUGAAGACGAUGAUUACUGCUACAUUGUAAUGCCAAAGUAUGGAGACGGAAUGGAUUUGUUCGAUAGCAUUGAAUUUCGCUUAGAAGUCCAAAAUUCCGCGCGUCAUAUCUUUAAGCAAAUAGCUUUGGCCGUUCAACAUCUGCACCACCACAAAAUAGUUCACCGAGACAUUAAGGAUGAAAACAUCAUUCUAGACCGAAAAAAUCAAGUUUGGCUAAUUGAUUUUGGCAGUGCAGCUUAUGUGAAGUCUAACCGAUCGUUCGAAACCUUUGUCGGCACUUUUGAUUAUGUUCCACCCGAAAUACUUCGAGGAGAAAGCUAUGAAGGACCACCACAAGAUAUAUGGGCCUUGGGAAUAUUACUCUACACAAUUAUUUACAAGGAAAAUCCAUUUUAUUGCAUGGAGGAAAUUAUGGGACAUGAGUUGAGGGUUGCACCCGAUGCAUGCCCCAUUAUGGUCGAUUUGAUAGAAAAAAUGUUGAGAAGAGAAGUAGCAGAACGAAUCAAUAUAGAUCAGGUUCUAGAGCACGCUUGGCUU